UCAAAGAAUUGGAAACUCACAGAGCGGCCUCUUACUCUCUCUGUCCUUCUCACCUCUUUGCACAUGUACUUACAGUGUAUACAAGUGUUUAUAGGUUGGGUGAAGCUCUGAGGACGGUUCUGCAGGGGAACACAUCAAGGAGGGAAACCUGAAGAAUCCUCUAAAAUCUGCACAGACAAAGAAACUCAGCUGUCCCAUUAAUCGGCUCACAAUGAAGCUGGUGUUCGUCCUCCUUGUUUCCACUGCCUGGACUUUCACUGGAGCCCAGUAUUACUACCAGGGGCUGAUGGAUUAUCUGGAGAACAGGUUGUUGGCUAUUGAGGACCGUAUGCAGUUGUGGCAUGAACAAUCCCAUCGCUACCACACAGAUCUGCAGGAUUUCAAAAAGCUGACUGCUGAGGCCAUGGAUGGGCUGAGGAACGAGCACAACAUGCUGUUCAAAGACCUUGAAGGAGCUGCAGUCCAAGUGGGCCGGGUGGAGCGAGAGAUGGACUAUGUGGAAACCCAGACUUCCCCUAGGGCCUGUUCGAAUAAGGCAGAUAAGGUGGUGGAGCAGGGAGCCUGGGGGGUGGAGGAGAGCAGAGGAGAGGAAGAGGAGGAAGAAGACUGGGAGGAGCUGCACUCCAGAGUCUCUGACUGUGUGGAAAUCAUCUCUGGCAUCAGAUCAGUGAAGAUCCUGAAGAGAGUGGGCAGUCCCAAGGGCAUGUGGACCAGAGACCCCAGGUCGUCCAAGGUUUACGUCUUUAAUGGGACAUCAGGAGACAGCAUCUACCAGUUCAAUUCUGUACGUGACUUUUCCCGCUCUGCUGGUGUCACCAGCAGCAGACAGAUCAGGCUUCCCUCUGAGUGGAGCGGUCCUGGCAGUGCUGUUUACAAUGGCUAUUUGUACUACAUAAAGCAGGAGGCUGAUACAGACGUUCAGGUGGUCAAAUAUGACCUGCUGAGUGGCUCGGUGACAGACACUGCCAUGUUCCCUGUGGAGAGCCAUGCUACUGUUUACAACCUCAACCCAGAGACCGUUGCGGACCUAGCAGCAGAUGACGAGGGCCUCUGGCUCCUGUACGCCACCAGCGACAGCGAACCAAACAUCAACCUCGCAAAGAUGGACCCUGCCACGCUCGAUAUAGAAAAUAUCUGGGACACCCGGUGCCCACGGGAGAACGCAGAGGCGGCUUUUGUAGUCUGUGGGACCGUCUAUGUCGUUUACAACACCCGCCUGGCCAGCCGGUCUCGGGUUCAGUGCUUGUUUGACGUUAACGACAUGGUGAUCAGCGAGGAGGCUCCCCUGCUCUACUUUCCCAGGAGGUACGGAGCCCACGCCAGUCUGAAAUACAACCCAGAGGAGAAACAGCUCUACGGCUGGGACGAUGGCUACCAAAUCAUUUACAGACUGACCCUGAAGAGGAAACUCUUGGUUUGACAGCUGGGAAGUGGUGUCAUGUUUUCAAAGGCAAGGAUAAAAAAUAGGAGCAGUAAAUUUACCAAAGUCUUGCAGUAGCCUGCAGACUCUUCACUCAUGCUAGAUUAUGGAGAAUAGAGAUCACCCAUAACAUCACACAUUUUUAAGCAAAUUAAUUAGCUUUUGAAAUAUUAUUUAUUAAUUUGAUCCUUUCCAUAUGUGUGUAAUAUAACAAAAAUAACAUGCCACUUUGUUUGAGUUUGUCAAGUCUUCCUGCUAGGGGAUGUGUGUGUCCUCCCCUCAUUUAAUUUGACCAUCUGAUUCAGACCAAAUCUCAUUUCCUUUGUGCCCGUUCCUGCUUGUUAAGCCACUGGCUGUGUUGUCAUUAUAUGCUGUGUGUUGCCACCACAACAAACUCACAGCGCAGAGCCCAUUUUGUGAAAGUCUUUUCAUCAAAGAAAAGAAAAUCAUGUCACAGAACUGAUAACACAUCACAUCCCAUGGGAGAAAAAACAACUCUUUUCUACUGUUGAUUUUCAGACUUGUUGAAACAAAAGAAUAACAAUUUGUGGAGGAAAUGCUGUAUGCUAUUUCAGUUUACUUUAUUACACACUGUGUCACUCACUCAUUGUGAGCUUUGAUAAUGAUCUAAAAUCUAAAAGGAACUCAUAAUAUACUUUUUGUCUGAACUAACAACUGUUGAUAUCAAUCACCAGAACAUUUUCUCAAACAUUUCUAUUAUUACAAAUACAAAAUGUUCAAUAAAAAAUUGGAAAUUCAGUGCUAUCAUAACAGUUGGAAGGGAUACAAGAUCAUAUCAAGAAACAUUACAAUAUUAGGCAAAGCUAGAAGGGCUUGAAACAGUCCAUAAACGGAGGCAAUUGAUUUAACAGGUUUCUUCUACUAUAAAAACACACCACAUUGUCAGAAAAAUAUAUGACAAUCGUAAAGCAGAAAAAAAAAGGAGGAACAGAAACGACAUUAUUCAACCACUUGUUUCAAAUUUUACACUAAAAUAAGAUAUUAUAAAUCUAUGAAUAAUGCGAAUAAGUCUGGAGAGGAUUUUCACCAUCAAAACAACUGUGUGAAUGAGAGCAAAUUUCAAACUGUCACAUUUGUGGAGUGGUGCUGAUGCUAUGAUGGAUUACGUCAAGCACGAACAAUAAUGCACUGACUCAUCCUCGCUAUAACAAGUGCCAAUUAGAGAAAUGCCACUGCUCUGUAGACGCUGACCUGUCCACCCAUCAGCUGCCCCCGCGCUGUCUCAGCCUCGCACACACACUGAGGUACUAAACUGCUUGCUCUGAAUAAACUUACCCAUGACGGAAAUGGCUAAAACAGAUCCAGAUAGGUCUGCUGAAUGCAUCUGCUCAUGUCUUGAUGUCUGGCCCCCAAUUUUUCAAAGACAUUUUCACAAACUCUGUGAUAUAUAGCAUGUUCAUAGUACUGUACUCUGCAACUGAGUCCUGCUACUUGUCCUCUGUUGCUGAACGAUGCACCAGCAGUCUAGACCAGUCAAAGCCACUGCCAAGAACAUUAUUAAAUAUCAGAUGAAAGUUGCCAUGGGCUGCUGUUCAGAUAAUACGAAUGCUAUUCAAUAAAUUAUCCUCAUAUCGAAAAGAAAUUAUCGGCACAAGCCCCGCCAAAUAUAAUCUGUGAAUGUUUCCUGGCAGUUUUCCUGCCUGAUAUCACACCGACUCCGUAGCUUAACAUUUCCCAGCCUGAAUGUACUGAUGGUAUCAGUGUUUGCCAAUUACAGCACAACAAAACUUCUACUAGUGGAGGGUAAACCUAAAACUGAAAAAAAAUAUAUAGAACCUCCAUCCUGUAAUAUUUUUAAUUAUAAGCUAUAGACGUGUUUCCCAUUUACAAAGAAUUGAGGAUGCGCGUGCAGCAGGGGUAGAAAACUGUCACAAUAGCUUAUAUAUCGAUAUUUUCAUAUUUAGAAAUAAACCUACUUGCUGGAAACCAUUAAAAUGACUGUGGUACUCAUCCUUGGAUUUCCAAAACUGUUUUACACACAUUGAUAGACUGUCGAAUCUGUCUAGCUAACAUAACAUGGCCCUCGCAUUGCAGUGAGAAAAAAGUAUAGAAGUAAUAACAACGCAAACCCAUACUACACAAAGUUCACUCUUGUAGGUAGUGAGAAAUGAGUGGAGACGCAGAAAAUUCGAAAAAAAAGUUUUUACACUUGGCUGAGGUGGAUAGAUCAUGACGUAGGCUACAUGAGGCAUGUGACUGAGUGGAGCGAUGAGGAGAUUGUAAGCCUCCUCAAAUGAAUACAUGAAACACACAUAAAUGCCAUAUUUCCAUUGCAUUUUCUACAUGGUGUUCCACCAUUUGAGGUUUGACUGGUGCUCUUUUAAAUAUGUCACGUUGUGGCGUCCUCUUCUUCUGUGAUGAUUUAUAGCACCGGACUGGAAAAUUAGCGCCACCACUUGUUUAUCUCAAUCAUAGACUGUAUAUAAAGAUGGACGACAUGACAGCUCCCCAAAGGUGAAA